CUUACCUGACAAAAUCCCAUAAUUGUGGCUCGAAGCGGAGGUUUGGAAACCCAAAGGCCACAUAGACGACCGCCUUCACGACAUUCAACAGUAACGUCGACAACAAGAGACGGCACCGAUGUCGACUUAAUAUUUAGAAAUACCCGCUUUUCGCUUCUCUUUCGGGAAUUCCUUUCUGCAUUGCAUCAUGGCGCCCCUCGUCGAUAAUCCGCAGAUUGCAGCUGCGACAUUACACAAUCCGCUGCCAUUAUACUUGCACACUUAUGUCUGGCCGUUUAUGAUCAUCUGGCCUGUCUUCUUCAGAUAUUAUCUCUCCGAGGAACUGUACGAUAAGCAUAUUGGAGGCCAGGAAUGGACCUUUGUGUGGUGCGGCGCAAUAAUUACGGUACAGAGUCUGGUUUGGCUCAGCACCAACUGGAACGUCAACUUGAAGUCAUUGUUCACGUCUACUACCGCCAAAACCGUGAAGGAAGCUCAAUUGAUCAAGGUCCUGCCAGUUGCAAAUGCCGGAACUUCUGAGAUCUGUAAGAUCGUCAGAGAUAAUGCUGGUGGCAAACCCAACACCUCCUUCCUCUUCCAAAAGCGCCGGUUCCUCUAUAAUGAGAAGUCCAACUCCUUUUCGCCGUUAACCUAUGCGAUCGAUGCCGAGCCAAAGCCACGCAUCGAGACUUUCCACAAAUCGAGGGGUAUCUCAUCGUCAUCUGAGCUCUCAAGGAUACAGCAGCAUUAUGGGAACAACACUUUCGACAUUCCAGUUCCUACUUUUCUGGAGCUAUUCAAGGAGCACUCCGUAGCCCCCUUCUUCGUGUUCCAGAUUUUCUGUGUCGGGCUGUGGAUGUUGGACGAAUAUUGGUAUUACUCGCUCUUCACCCUCUUCAUGUUGGUCGUCUUCGAGAGCACUGUCGUUUGGCAGCGCCUGAGGACUCUCAAUGAGUUCCGUGGAAUGAGCAUCAAGCCUUACAACAUCUAUGCAUUCCGGGAGAACAAAUGGGUCGAGACGGAAAGCGACAAGCUUCUGCCAGGCGACCUUGUUUCUGUUGGCCGAACCAAGGAGGACAGUGGUGUUGCUUGCGAUAUGCUCUUGGUUGAGGGAAGCGCUAUUGUCAACGAGGCCAUGCUUUCUGGCGAAAGUACUCCUCUCCUUAAGGAUUCCGUACAACUCCGCCCUGGCGAUGCUUCAAUCGAACCAGAGGGACUUGACAAGAACUCAUUCCUGUAUGGUGGCACCAAGGUGCUCCAGAUUACCCACGUCUCUAUCGAUGAAGAGCGACCAAAGCUUGCCUCUGGUGUCCCAGCCCCACCUGAUAACGGAGCCAUGGCUAUUGUUGUUAAGACUGGGUUUGAGACGUCUCAGGGAAGCCUGGUUCGCACUAUGAUCUACUCUACGGAACGUGUGUCUGCCAACAACGCAGAGGCCCUGUUCUUCAUUUUGUUCCUCCUUGUCUUCGCAAUUGCCGCAUCCUGGUACGUUUGGGAUGAGGGUGUGAAGAAGGACCGCAAACGCUCUAAGCUUCUCCUCGACUGUGUCUUGAUCGUCACUAGUGUUGUUCCCCCUGAGCUUCCUAUGGAGCUUAGCUUGGCUGUCAACACUUCUCUGGCUGCCUUGAGCAAAUAUGCUAUUUACUGUACUGAGCCUUUCCGCAUCCCAUUUGCUGGACGCGUUGAUGUUGCCUGCUUUGAUAAGACCGGUACUUUGACCGGCGAGGACCUCGUCGUUGAAGGUAUUGCUGGGCUGGGACUUGGCGUUAGCGGAACCGAUACACCACGUGAGAACGAUGGUGCUCACAGCCAUAUCACAAAGGUCUUAGAUGCCGGACUUGAGACUACACUGGUUCUAGCCACAGCGCAUGCAUUGGUCAGACUUGAUGAAGGCGACAUUGUCGGUGAUCCUAUGGAAAAAGCCACUUUGACGUCUCUUGGAUGGAAGUUAGGAAAGAAUGACACCCUCACCAGCAAGUCCGUUGUUGGCAUGUCGAAGGGGCCAAACUCCAUUGCUGCAAACACUGUCCAGAUCAAGCGCCGCUUCCAGUUCUCCUCUGCCCUCAAGCGCCAAAGCUCCGUCGCAACUGUUACUACCGUCGAUCCUAAGACCUCCAGGAAGACGAGAAGUACUUUCGUUGCUGUCAAGGGUGCCCCGGAAACAAUUCAGAAGAGGCUUGUUAAUGUUCCGGCUGAUUACGAAGAGACUUUCAAGUACUUUACAAGGAAGGGUUCGAGAGUCCUUGCUCUUGCAUACAAGCAUUUGACCAGGGAUACUGAGCUUGGAUCUGGAAGGAUUAACGAGCUUAAGCGCGAGAACGUUGAGGAAGGCCUGUCUUUUGCCGGUUUCCUCGUCCUGCACUGCCCACUCAAGGAAGACGCCAAGGAAUCUGUCCGAAUGCUCAAUGAAAGCAGCCAUCGUGUUGUUAUGAUUACCGGCGACAACCCCCUCACUGCUAUCCACGUUGCAAGAGAGGUUGAAAUUGUGGAUCGCGAUGUUCUCAUUCUGGACGCCCCUGAGCACGAUGAUUCGGGCGAAAAGCUAGUCUGGCGCAGCGUCGACGAUCUGGUCGGUAUUCCUGUUGAUCCUACUAAGCCUUUGGACAAAGAAAUCCUUGCUUCGAAGGAUCUUUGCGUUACUGGUUAUGCACUUGCAAAAUUCAAGGACCAACCUGCACUCCUCUCUCUGAUUAGACACACUUGGGUUUAUGCUCGCGUGUCUCCAAAGCAGAAGGAAGAAAUUCUCAUGGGCUUGAAAGAGCUCGGUUACUACACACUUAUGGCUGGUGAUGGCACCAACGACGUUGGCGCACUGAAACAGGCUCACAUUGGAGUCGCGCUUCUUAACGGAACCAAGGACGACCUGACCAAGAUCAGCGAACACAUCAGAAAUAACAGGAUGAAGGAGGUGUAUGAAAAGCAGGUCGGUGUCAUGAAGCGCUUCAACCAGCCAACUCCACCAGUUCCUAUCUUGAUUGCCCACCUCUAUCCGCCAGGACCCUCCAACCCACAAUAUGAGAAGGCUAUGAUUCGUGAAGCAGAGAAGAAGGGUAUCACCAUCCCAACUGCAACCACUGAAGCUGUCCAAGAAAACGGAGUUGAAACUAUGACAUCCCCUGCCGCUCAAGCCCUUAUCGACGGUUCGCCCCACAAGCGUCAAGAACAAAUGAACAAGGCUGCAUCCCUCGCUGACCAACUAACUGCAUCCAUGAUGGAGUCGGAGCUCGAUGACGAGCCUCCGACUAUUAAGCUUGGUGAUGCCUCAGUUGCCGCUCCAUUUACUAGCAAGCUUGGCAAUGUUAUUGCUAUCCCGAACAUCAUCAGACAAGGUCGUUGCACUCUCGUUGCUACAAUCCAAAUGUACAAGAUCCUCGCACUUAACUGCCUCAUUAGCGCCUACAGUCUGAGUGUCUUGUACCUUGAGGGCAUCAAGUUUGGUGAUGGACAAGUUACUAUUAGCGGUAUGCUCAUGAGCGUUUGCUUCCUUUCGAUCUCCAGAGCCAAGUCUGUCGAGGGUCUUUCCAAGGAGCGCCCGCAGCCAAAUAUCUUCAACGUCUACAUCAUUGGUUCUAUCCUUGGCCAGUUUGCCAUUCACAUCGUCACUCUGAUCUAUAUCGCCCGUCUGUGUGAUACUAUUGCACCACGUGACCAAGAUGUCGACCUCGAGGGCGAAUUCGCACCAUCUCUGCUUAACAGCGCCGUCUACCUCUUGCAACUGAUCCAGCAAAUCUCGACCUUCGCAAUCAACUACCAAGGUCGUCCGUUCCGUGAGAACCUCUCCGAGAACCGUGGCAUGUACCUCGGCAUCCUCGGUGUAUCUGCACUCGCUUUCUCCUGCUCCACCGAGUUCAUCCCAGAGCUCAACGAGCAGAUGAAGCUUGUCCCAUUCACCUCCGACUUCAAAGUUCGCAUGACCGCGACCAUGUUGGUUGACUACGUCGGCUGCUACGCCAUUGAGAAGGGCCUUAAAUGGGGUUUCAGCGACUACAGGCCUAAGGACAUCGCCAUCAGGCGCCCGGAGCAGAUCGCCAAGGAGGAGGCGAGGAAGGUGGUGGAGGCUGUGGAGGCGAAGAAGAAGAAGGCAGAGGAUGCUGAGAGGAAGGAGAAGGAGACGAUUGAGAAGGCGGAGAAGGCCAUGGCGGAUCUGAGGGCUAGAUGGAGUAGGCAGUAGAUUAUGUGAUAGGGGUUGGGUAUACAUACUAUGAGAAGUUGAUAGAAUGUAAUGAUAGGC